UGGAACGUCUGCUUUGGAUUACGAUACACACCUUGAUCAAACUGAUUUUUCAACGUCGAGAAAAUCAAAGAAAAUGACGUGGCUUUACCAGGAAUUCGAAACGUAAACACGCGAAAAUAAUUUUUUCUAGUUAGGUCUCAGAUUUACUGUGGAGUUUAUAGAACAUAGUUGUGACCGUGCUGAGAAUUACUUCUAAAAUUCUGUUGAUAAUUUUCAACUUUUUAAACGAGAUUCUUGAGACAAAUUCAGAAGUUGUGCUUGAACUUUGGUCUGAAGACGUGGUUUAAUAAGCUGUGAAUCAUAUUGGAGAACCUGAAGUUAAGAGAGACAGUCCUUCGUUUGACAUAUCUGACAGGUAUUUAUUUAUUGAUUUGAAAACUACGAAAUAUAAUUCAACCUCAAACAUCAACAUAAUCCAAAAAGAAAAGAAAAACAUGUCAACCACUCAAACACUCACAUAUGCCCAACUUGUUGAAAGCUUAAGUGCUGAAGAUAUUUUGAGAGAAUUUCCAGAAAUCGUCAACUUAGCUCGUAUCACUGGUGCUCCAACUAGCUCAAGUUCAAGUGAACAAACUGACGAUCUUUUCAACGGUCAUGAUGAAGAGCAAAUCAAAUUAAUGGAUGAAUUAUGUAUCGUCUUGGAUAAUGAUGAUAAACCAGUUGGUGCUGGUACAAAGAAACUUUGUCAUAUUAUGGAAAAUAUUGAAAAAGGUUUAUUACAUAGAGCAUUCUCUGUGUUUUUAUUCAAUGAUGAAGGUAAAUUACUUUUACAACAAAGAGCCACUGAAAAGAUAACGUUCCCAGAUAUGUGGACAAACACAUGUUGUUCCCACCCUUUGGCUGUUCCAUCAGAGCUGGGCUCUGAUUUACCAACUUCUAUUGAAGGUGUCAAAGUUGCUGCUCAAAGAAAAUUAGAACAAGAAUUAGGUAUCAAAGCUGAGGAUGUUCCAUUAGAAAAUUUCAAAUUUUUGACCAGAAUUCAUUACAAAGCUCCAAGUAAUGGUAAAUGGGGUGAACAUGAAAUUGAUUACAUCUUGUUCAUUAAAGCUAACCCAACAGUUGUUCCAAACUUGAAUGAAGUUAGAGAUUAUCAAUACGUUGAUGCUAACGAAUUGAAAGAAUUGUUCAAGAAACCAGAGCUACUAUUUACCCCAUGGUUUAAAUUAAUCUGUGAAAGUUAUUUAUUCAAAUGGUGGGAAAGUUUAGAUGAUUUGGAUAAAUUUAAAGACGACAAGAUCAACCGUCUUCUUUAAGGUAUUUUACAAUCAAUAGUCACAUACAUAGCAACACAGGUGAACAUUCAC